AUGGAUUGGAAUACCGAGUCCACAAUGCCCUUUGUUCCUCAUCCAGACUCUUCUUUAAGCUUCUUCUACAACAAUAACAUCAGAAACCCUUAUUCAGGAAUGGAAGUGAGUGACAUGAAUACUAAUGGAAAUGGUUACCUUGAGAAUAAGAAGAAGAGACUGACAAGUAACCAGAUUGAUUUUCUGGAGAGGUGCUUUCAAGAAGAUAUGAAGUUAGAUUCUGAAAGGAAAAUGAAUCUUUCAAGAGAGUUAGGGCUGCAACCUCGUCAAAUUACUGUUUGGUUUCAGAACAGGCGUACUAGGUUGAAGACUAAGCAACUUGAACAUUCCUAUGAUGUGCUUAAGCAAGAGAAUCAGAAACUUCGAAAAGAGGUUAUGGAGUUGAAGGAAAAACUAAAAGAGAAAGCUCAUUGUAGGACACAAACAUAUGGUGAAGAGACAAUACAAAACAUAUUAGAAGGGCUACCAUGCAGAAAUAUAGAAGGAGAGACAUAUCCAUGUUUCAAUAAGACAGAAACAACAACAAGUAGCAUUCAACAAGCUGCAGAGGGAUGUGCCCACAGUUCUUUCAUUGUUGAAGAUUUUGACUCAGUUUCAUUGUUUCAUGAAUGUCACUGGCCUAAGUUACCUUACUAUCCUUAA